CUGGUCUCCCUGACAGACGCAUGACGGCAAACGUAAUAACUACUGCCUAAUUCCCACCCAAGGCAAAGUCAAUAAUUGCUCUGGGCAGUUCUGGCAGGUGUGUGAGCAAGCAGUGGUGGCAGCAGAAAGCCCUGGCCCGGGAAGAGGAGCGUGCCAGGGAGGAUGUGCACAUCCUGAGCCAGAGGAGGGUCUGCAGGCUGUGAGUGGGGCCUCCUGCCUGCCCUUACUCAUCGUCUUCCAGAAUGGACACGCCAAGCUCCUUGAUCUUCACGUUCUACAUCAUCAUCUUCCUCACUGGUCUCCCUGCCAACCUGCUGGCCCUGUGGGCCUUCGUGGGGCGGGUCCGCCAGCCCCACCCCGCUCCCAUCCACAUCCUCCUGCUCAACCUGACGCUGGCCGACCUCCUGCUGCUGCUGCUGCUGCCCUUCAAGAUCAUCGAGGCUGCGUCUGACUUCCGCUGGUACCUGCCUCAGGUAGUCUGUGCCACCAUGGGUUUUGGCUUCUACAGCAGCAUCUACUGCACCACGUGGCUCCUGGCGGGCAUCAGCGUCGAGCGCUACCUGGGAGUGGCUUUCCCCGUGCAGUACAAGCUGUCCCGCCGGCCUAUGUAUGGAGUGGUUGCUGCUCUCGUCGCCUGGAUCAUAUCCUUUGGUCACUGCACCAUCGUGGUCAUCGUUCAGUACUUUAACUCAACCCAGAAGGCCACAAAUCUAGAAGUUACCUGCUAUGAGAACUUCACCCAAGAGCAGCUGGACGUGGUGCUUCCUGUGCGGCUGGAGCUGUGCCUCGUCCUCUUCUUCAUCCCCAUGGUGAUCACCAUCUUCUGCUACUGGCGCUUUAUAUGGAUCCUGCUCACCCAGCCCCAUGUGGGGGCCCAGAGGCGGCGCCGAGCUGUGGGGCUGGCUAUCGUGACGCUCCUUAAUUUCCUGGUGUGCUUCGGGCCUUAUAACAUAUCCCACCUGGUGGGGUUUCACACCAAGAAAAGCCCCAAGUGGCGGGCAGAAGCCGUGGUAAUCUGUUCCCUCAAUGCCAGUCUGGACCCCCUGCUCUUCUAUUUCUCUUCUUCGGCUGUGCGCAGGGCCUUUGAAAAAAGGCUGCAGGUGCUGCGGGACCAGGGAUCCUCCCUGCUGGGACUCAGAGGCAGAGAGUCAGUGGAGGUGACCAACGGGGUCAGGGAUGUGAGUCCAGUAGACGGAGCGCCAAGUUCUGACUCCGCGACAGACUAGGGAUGGGACCUUUGGAGACACUCGGCUCCGUGCAAGUUGAGCAGGCUGGGAGAGAGAGACAUGAGGGUCUGUCCCAGAUUCAGGAAUCCUCAGACCCAGUCCACUACUGGGACUGCGAAAAUCUCUCUCACCAGUUUGGUAUCCCUUCCUGAAUUUUCCUUCUCAAAGGAGCACAGCUCCAUGGCAAAAGAAGAAAUGGCUAGGCAUAGCAGCACUGUCAGACCCAAGUUUCGGAAGCAAGGUAGCUAAUGUCAGUCCAGUCCUUGUGAGGUGGGUGGUAGCUGGGGAUGAUCGGGCUGAAGCAGAGUCUCAAAGCAAUCUUGCUGUAAGCUU